CCCGGGGCUCGGGGCGGGAUGCCGGGGCUCGUCUGCCUCCGCGCCCAUCGGGGCCGCUCCCGCUGCCGGCGGGUGUCAGCAGCGAGCAGCUCCGAUGGCCGCCGGCCGCCGCGCUCCCCCGGAGCCCGGGGGGGGACCCGUCCUGCUCCAAGGGGUUUUCGGAGCCGGGGCGACCCCCUGCGCCGCUCCCUGCUCGCUGUUGCUGACGGCGGCGGAGCUGCAGGUGCGGCGGAGCGGGGGCUCGCCCGGCGCCGAAGCCUCGCUCCGCCUGGCCGAUUGCGUGGGCUCUGCCGCCUUCCCCGCCGCCGCCGCCGCCGCCUGCUUCUCCCUCGUCCUGUACCCGCUGCGCGGCCCGCGCUGGGGAUCGCCCUCCCGGCAGCGCCUCGAGCGUACCUUCCGCGUCGCGCUGGGACCCGACGCCGAGCGCAACCUGCGCGUCGCCCAGGCCUGGAGCCGCCGCAUCCGACAGCUCGCCCUGCCCGCCGUGUCCCCGCGGGACGGUGACAGCUAUGGGGUGCUGCCCCGGCCCUGCCGUGCGCUGGUGCUGCUGAACCCACAGAGCGGUGCUGGCCAUGCGCUCGAGGACUUCCAGGCAGUGGCACAGCCCAUGCUUGCCGAGGCCGACAUCGCCACCACCGUCUUCAUCACCGAGAGACCCCACCACGCCUACGAGAAGGUGCAAGAUGAGGAUCUGUCGCAGUGGGACACGUUGGUGAUCAUGUCUGGGGACGGGCUGCUGUACGAGGUGGUGAACGGGCUCAUGGAGCGUCCAGACUGGGCAGAUGCUAUGAAGAAGCCGCUGUGCAUCCUGCCGGGGGGCUCUGGGAACGCCCUGGCCGCCUCCAUCAACUACUAUGCAGGCAACGAUCACGUCACCAAGAAGAAGCUGCUGACGAACUGCACCUUCAUCCUAUGCAAGGGACUGCACACGCAGAUGGACCUGGUCUCGUUGAGCACGGCCUCAGGCAAGCGCCUCUUCUCCUUCCUCGGCUUUGGCUGGGGCUUCAUCUCAGAUGUGGACAUUGACAGCGAGAAGUACCGGCGCCUGGGCAAUGCCCGCUUCACCGUGGGCACCCUGCAGUGCCUGGCCAAGCUGCGGGUGUACCAGGGCCGCCUCUCCUACCUGCCCACUGUCCCCGAGCAGGGCACCCCCUCACCACCCGGGGACCCCCAGGCUCCCAUCGCCAACGGCCAGGCUGGCUGCACCAACUCCCCAGCGGGGACGGUGGCGCCCGGGGCUCUGCCCGAAGACUCGCUGCUGGUGCCGCUGUCCCAGCCGGUGCCAGAGCACUGGACGGUGGUCCCCGAAGAGGAGUUUGUCACUGUCUAUGCCAUCUACCAGUCCCACCUGGGUACCAACCUGCUGAUGGCACCAUCGGCCCAGCUGCACGAUGGCUGCAUCCACCUCUUCUACCUGAAGGCUGGCAUCAGCCGCGUGGCACUGCUGAGGAUCUUCCUGGCCAUGGCCAAGGGGACCCACCUGGACUUGAACUGUCCCCACCUGUGCUAUGUCCGUGUCCAGGCUUUCCGCCUGGAGCCGCGGGUGGCCUCAGGCAUCAUGACAGUGGACGGUGAGGCGCUGACCUGCGAGCCCGUGCAGGGCCAGGUCCACAGCCGCCUCUGCCGCAUCAUCAGUGGCUCCUGAGCGGCUGGGUUUGCCCCUCGUGGUGCUGAGCUGCCGGCACGGCCCAGCACAAGGGUGGCAGAGCCUUCUUCCCACUCAGGAACCUCUUCCUCCUGCCAUAGCAAUAGCUCUUGGGGGCUGCGGGUGCUCGACCCCUCACUCACCCCUAUGCUUAUCUUUACCCCCUUGGGACAGCCACCAGCGCUUCCUAAAAACGAGCCAUGAGCCCCCUCAGGUACUAGGUGCUGAUAAGAUACCAGCGUGUUUGAUCCCGGUACGAGAUCCCGUCCCAGGGUGGCUGUGCCAGCGCAGCCCCGUGCCCUCCACGGCUUGGACACGCACAGCAGUGUCACGCAUGUCCCUGCCGCGGAGCCGGUACCACCCCUGGGGAUGGUCAGGACCAAUAUCUCAAAUAGAAGAAACUGACUUUUUUUUAAGAAUGUUUCUACCCAAAGCUUCUAGUAGAAGCAGAGUUUAUUCUUGUGAGAAAUGCAAUAAAUAUUU